GCAAGACCCAGCGUUUUUUGAAUUGAGAGAAUCAAACUCAACCGGCUUCCUUGGUCCGUCACAAUGGCCACUACCGGAAAGCUCCCCAUGCGCCAGCUCGGGAAGAACGGCCCCCUCGUGCCGCGCAUUGGGCUGGGCCUGAUGGGCCUGAGCAGCGCCCACGGCGUCCCCAAGCCUGAUGAAGAGCGUCUCGCCUUCUUGGACAAGGCGUACGAGAUGGGCGAGACCUUCUGGGACACGGGCAAGUUCAAGUUCCUAUGCUCUCUCUCUCCGCCCCCCGACAUGUACCACGACUCGGAAGACCUGCUAGGCAAGUGGUUCGCCGCGAACCCGGAGAAGCGCGGGCACAUCUUCCUGGCGACCAAGUUCGGCUACCGGCGGACGGCGGCGGGCGAGCACAGCAUCGACACGUCGGCGGGGUACUGCGCGGAGGCGCUGGAGCGGUCGCUGGCGCGGCUGGGCGUUGCCUACGUGGCGGAUCCGCGGCACGGCGCGCUGCUGGCGACGGCGCGCGAGCUGGGCGUCGCCGUCGUCGCCUACAGCCCGCUGGGCAAGGGCCUGCUGGGCGGCGCCAUCCGGUCCGUCGCCGACGUGUCGCGCCCGGGGGACCUGCGCGCCCGCUUUGCGCCGCGCUUCGCCGAGGAGAACAUCGCGGCCAACGUCGCCCUGGUGGACAAGCUGACCGAGAUCGCGGCGCGCAAGGGCGUCACGACGGCGCAGCUGGCCCUGGCCUGGCUGCUCGCCCAGGGCGACGAUAUCUUCCCCAUACCCGGCACGAGGACGCCAGAGAGGCUGGCGGAGAACCUGGCCGCUCUGCAUGUGACGCUCACUGGCGAGGAGGAGAAGGCCAUCCGGCAGCUUGCCGACAAAGUGGCUGGUUCCCGGCUCGGCGGCAUCUUGACCGAGUAUUACUUUGGUGACUCUCCCCAGCUGGACUCCUAG